AUGGACAGUAACGUGGAAGAAGGUGCAAAGAUGAAGGCAAAAUCGACGAAGAGAAUGGUAGGAAUGAUCAUAAGAUCUAGAAAAUCAAUCGCGAAGGAUGCCGUUGUUACGACAUCAGGAAUCGGCCAACCCAGCCUGUACCAUGCCCUGGUGGUUAUUUUCCUGGAGUUUUUCGCGUGGGGUCUCCUGACCAUGCCCCUCAUAACCGUACUGAACGACACAUUUCCGGAGCACACGUUCCUGAUGAACGGCCUGAUCAUGGGCAUCAAGGGCAUCCUGUCGUUCCUGAGCGCCCCCCUGGUGGGGGCGCUGUCAGACGUGUGCGGUCGGAAGCUGUUCCUGCUCAUCACCGUGUUCUUCACGUGCAUUCCCAUUCCCCUAAUGACUAUAAACACUUUUUGGUUCUUCGCCAUGGUCAGUAUUUCCGGAGUGUUUGCGGUAACUUUUAGUGUAGUAUUCGCGUACGUGGCCGACGUGACUGACGAAAGAGAACGAUCGCUGGCGUACGGUUUAGUGAGCGGUACGUUCGCUGCUAGUAUGGUGAUUAGUCCGGCCCUGGGAGCGUACCUCAUGGAAAGGUGGUCAGUAUCCCUAGUAGUAGCUCUAGCCACGGCGGUGGCGAUCCUAGACGUGUUCUUCAUCCUGGUAGCGGUGCCGGAGAGCUUGCCCGAAAAAGUCCGCGUAUCGCCAAUCGGCUGGGAACAGGCCGAUCCGUUUUCGGCUCUUCGAAACGUCGGACAAGAUCCUACCAUCUUGUUGCUGUGCAUAGCGGUGUUCCUGUCGUAUUUGCCGGAAGCCGGCCAGUACAGCUGUAUAUUUAUGUAUCUCAAAUUAGUGAUGGGUUGGAGCGAUCCCAUGGUAGCUGUUUUUGUAGGUUUAGUCGGUCUGAUGGCUGUUAUAGCACAAAUUUGUUUGGGUAUUUUAAUAAAAAAUCUCGGAUCAAAGCACACCAUAAUGUUGGGGCUGGUGUUCGAAAUGCUCCAACUUUUGUGGUACGGCUUCGGCACCACCACAUGGAUGAUGUGGGGCGCUGGAAUUUUAGCUUCCAUGAGUUCAAUAACGUAUCCUGCCAUUUCUGCGUUCGUUUCUGUUCAUAGCAACGCUGAUCGACAAGGUGUUGUCCAAGGUAUGGUCACCGGUAUGAGAGGGCUGUGCAACGGUAUGGGUCCAGCCAUGUUCGGUGUAGUAUUUUAUAUGUUCCACGUUGAUCUAAAUGCGAACAAUGCCAAUCAAGAAGCAACGCAUGCGACUUCUACCUUCGAAGCGUACUCACAGCUUGUGCCUGGACCUCCAUUCGUUUUUGGUGCUUUUCUAGUCAUUUGCGCUUUAUUCGUGGCUUCAUUUAUUCCUACAAAAUCAUCACAUCAUGUUGAUUCGGGUAUUCCUCUUGAUACUCACUAUGAAAUGGAGCGUGGACAAAAAGUAGCAGGAACUCUCAGCCCCCUGAUACCGAGCAGGAGCAUUGACGCAGCAAUUUUGUAA